AUGAGCACCAGAAAGAAGAGCAAUGUGUGGAUGCACUUUGACCAGGAGAGCAAAACUCAAGUUAAAUGCAAGUACUGCAAAAACCUGAUUUCAAAUCAUGGAGGAUCCACAUCCAACAUGAGGAGGCACUUAAAAACGAAGCACCCCACUGCACUGCUUGAAGACACACACGAAGUAGCAACAGAAGGAGCUGCAGAAGCAACAACAACAACAGAGGCAGCUGCAACUAUAUCUGCAACAGCAUCUACCAGCUCUUCAGUGCCAGCUACAACAUUACACGUUGAAAGAAGGCGGACACAAUCUACAAUGGGGGCAUUUGUGAGACGGCCAAUUCAACCACUGCAGCAGAGCAAAGUAGAUGAAGCUCUUAUCAAGAUGAUUGCCACUGACUUUCAGCCAUUUUCAAUUGUGGAUGACAGGGGCUUCAGAGCAUACACACAGGCACUGGACCCUUCAUACAUCCUACCAAGCAGAGGCACAGUUUCCAACAGGUUGCUCCCUAAUCUGUAUGAAAAAGUCAGAGCAGACCUUAAAGACAAAAUCAAGACUGCUCCUGCUGUUUGCAUAACAACAGAUUGCUGGACCUCCAGCACAACAACCAGUUACAUGUCAGUGACAUGUCACUAUAUUCAAGAUUUUAAGCUGAAGUCCAAUUUAUUGGAUUGCUUUAUAGUGACAGAAAGCCACACUGCAGAACAUCUGGCACACAAAUUAGAUCUUGUGACCCAAGAGUGGGGUAUAAAGGACAAGAUUGCUGCUUGUGUCACAGACAAUGCUAGCAACAUCCUUAAGGCUGUGAAGGAGGUGCUGAAGUGGAACCACAUCAGUUGUUUUGCACAUGUUAUUAAUCUGGUGGUCAGGAAUGCACUUCAGCAGCCUGAUAUAGUUGCUAUCAUUCAGAAGGUAAAGUCCAUUGUGGAAUAUGUGCGUAGAAGCACAGUGGCCUCUGCAAAGCUGCGUGAGGUCCAGCAACAGAUGGGACAAGCUACAUUGCGACCAAAGCAAGAUGUGGCAACGCGCUGGAAUUCCACAUUUUACAUGCUCCAGCGUAUGCUAAAAAUUAAAGAGCCCCUGGUCUCCACACUGGCACUGGUGAACCCACAGCUGCCAGCACUAACUCUGGCUGAGUGGGAAACAGUAGAGGAGGCCUGUGAUGUGCUACAGCCCUUUGAGGAGGUCACAGUAGAAAUGAGCUCAGAGAGCUAUGUGACGGGCUCCAAAGCAAUUUUGAUUGCCCGUGGCCUCCAGAGAAUUAUUGCUCACAGGCAGAGAAAUCCUUCCAAGACUGAGCCAGUGAGAAGGCUUGUCAGCACUUUAGCUUUUGAAUUGGAAAAGCGCUUCACAAACAUUGAGCGUGUUCGUGUCUUGGCCGAGGCAACUUUUUUGGACCCACGGUUCAAAAAACAUGCUUUUGUAAAUGAGAGGAACGCAGACGACACCAUGUCAAGGGUGGUGGGGGCAACAGCUAAGGCGGCAGCUCCAACAUCGGCCACAGAAGAGAGUGAGGAUGGCACAGCUGCUGCUGCUGCUGCUGCUGAAGCAAGCCACGAACAUCAGUCAGUGCCUCAAGUUUGGGCUGACUUUGAAGAAAGGGUGACCAGUUUACGCCCAGACAAUCAAAACCCCUUAACUGAGGCCAUGCUUGAGGUCAAAGGUUUUUUGUCAGAACAACUUAUCCCCCGCACAACUGACCCACUGCAAUGGUGGAAAAACCGGAGUCUUGAGUCUGCAAUGUUUCCGGCAGAUCGCGAAUCUGCAAUGUUUUCCGGCUCUGACUCAAGAGACAGUUCGCUUGGAUCAGCCGGUUACGAGUUGAGAGAUUCUCAAAUCAGAGCCGGAAACAUUGCAGAUUCGCAUGUGUCUUGA